UCGUAAUCUCUCCUCGGCCGCCCCUAAGGGGCGCGUCCUGGCGCAGCCUGCGGGGCGUGCUGGAGCAGGCGCCGGGCGGGCUUUUGGCUCGCGGCGGCGGCUCGCUCUGCCUCGUGAUAUCGCUGCCGGAGCUCAAAUCCCGCUUAGCGUUCCCAUCCUCACGCCGCCUGUCUACGCUGGCGGAGGUGGAAUCUUUCCGCAGCAGGCGGGCAGCUCCCUUGAGUAGGCGAGGUUGGAGGAGACAGGGACAGGGUCGAUGUGAAGACCAGUGUGAGGAACGGAACGAAGGAAGGAGGCCCAGUAUGAAACUAGUCGCUGCUUAUUACGUGCUGCCUCUCUUUCCUGCUCUGAUCUUUGGCACUAGACAGGGCUAUGAAGAACUGGAAAGACAGCUGAAAGAAGUCUUUAAGGAAAGGAGCAACAUACUUCAUCAACUGUUAAAGACUUCUAAAGAACUUCAGGGAAUUAAAGUAAACCUCCAGUCAUUAAAAAAUGAUGAAGUGUCAACCAAAAAUGAAGUGCAGAAACUUCUGGAACUGGCCCAAAACCAAAGGGAAAUGAAAUCUCUCCAGGAAGCCUUCCAAAAGCAGCUUAAUGAGGCAGCUGAGAAAGCAGAGAAGCAGCAGGCUACUAUUAACUUUUUGAAGACUGAAAUGGAAAGGAAGAGCAAAAUGAUACGAGACCUCCAAAAUGAGAACAAAAGCCUCAAAAACAAGCUCUUGUCAGGAAACAAGCUUUGUGGUAUUCACGCAGAAGAGUCAAAAAAGAUCCAAGCCCAGCUGAAAGAGUUUCAUUAUGGGAAAAAGGAUUUGAUUUUUAAGGCACAACAGCUAACAGAUCUGGAGCAAAAACUAGCAGUUGCAAAAGACAAAUUGGAAAAUGCAGCCCUUGACAAAGAGUCACAGCUAAAAGCUCUGAAGGAGACUGUGCAGCUUUGCUUGUCUUCUGUUCUGCGCAAUCAGCCUCCCACAAUGAAUCUAAUCUCUUCAAAACCACCUGAGAAGCUGAAUUCCUCAAAUACAAAGAGCUCCAAAGUUCCAUUUCAAGUGACAAGUACCAAGGUCUGGCAAAAUGACUCAGCAGAGAAAGAGAAUUUUCAUGUGGUCUUGAAAAAAGAAGAAAAUCAAAGCACACAGGAGUGUGAUUCUCAAGAUGUUGCCAAGACAUGUUUGGGGAAUCAUAAUGAUUCAACAUCUCGUUUGAAAGCAGCAGAAACAGAGACAAGCUUUCAGAAGCUGCACAGCCCUCCAUGGACUAAACCUGAAGAUAAAAAAUCACCUGAAAAAAAUGAGAAAAAAUAUGAAAAAUCAGUUAGUACACAAGAAAACAAACACUAAAUUCUACUAAUCUGCAUUGAAAAAUGCCAGUCAUUUCCAUCCUCAUGUUCUGUUAGCACAAAGGCAUGAAAUGUCCCAGGUUUCUAAAGCAUGCAUUUUUCACUGCUUUAUGAAUGUCUGUAAAUUAGUCUAGAACACACCAAUUGGUACCUUACAGCAAUAAUCAGAAAUGGAUGUUUGAAGAAAUGUUUUGUAAUUCAGUCCAGUUUUUGAACUCUUAUUCUACCUUAUUAUUUGUAAUUGUAUACUUAAUUAUUAGUAGUAGUAAUUGUAAUUAUUAUUAUUAGUAAUUGUAUGCUAUAAAUUACUUUCUUUGUAAACAGUCACUCUCAAGUAUUUUCUCAGUCUGUUUAAUGUAAUUUUGUGGCAGAUUAAGUUUCAAGAUUAAGGGGCAGUCAGUGUGUGUGGGGAAAAUAUCUGUGUAACCAUAUUUGAAGUACAGUCCUUAAGUGCAACUGUAAAAAGAGAGCUGUGUGCGAGGGUCCAUGUAUACUUACUUUUUAGUAAUUUCCUUUCAAAUCUACUUACACAAUAAAAUAUUUUAUUUUGUUC